UGUGUGUUUUGUGCUCAGCUGAAAAUGGCGGACCGAAGCAGAUCGCUUUAACUUUAUCGCACAAUAACAAGGAUAACAAACUACACAGCUAAAAUUAUAUAAAAUGGAUACAAACUUCAGCGAGAACUUCUAGAAACCAUUCUACAGGAUAACAUACAGACCACAACAACCCAAGGAGUUCUUUCAGUGGUAAAGUGAAAAGUAAUCUCAAAAUAAUACGUUAGCCAUUUCCCGAUUAGGACGCUAACGUUAGCUCAAUGGCUAACUAGCUAACGAAUGAAGACGCUAACGUCAGAUCAUUUGAGCUACAUAAAGAUUCCCCACAAAUGUAACUAACAUUAUACAAUUAUAUUUAGCUGGAUAUGUUAACUAGGUAACGUUAGGUUAUUAACUGAAAUUGCGUCCGAACAGAGGACAACUACACACUCUAAUGUAUUCAGGGAAGUUAGCUAGCUGACUAACAACAGUAUUGUAGCUAACGCGUUAGCAUAUGUAGAUAGCAUAACUGGUUUUGUUGCAAAAAAGUGUAAUUAGCAUAUUCCAGUUUUUGUCAACAAUAAUGAUAACUAGCUAACGGUGGCUAGUUAAGUUAACGUUAGCAAACUAACGGUAUCAUUUGAUUGUUGUUGCGAUUGUUAGCUACAGUAGUUAGCUAUAUUAUGUAGCUAGCUAAAGACACUUAUUACCAGUUAUUUAGUACUUAGCAUUAACUAGCUAUAUAUCAUAAUAUUCAGUCAGUCAUAUAUUUUAACGUUAGCCAAAACUAGCUAAUGUUUAUCCUUGUCCUCUUACUGUAGCUGGCAAACUGUCAAUCCAAGCGUCAGAAGUUGAGGGUAUUUUAUAUUCAUAUGCCAACAAUUGGCCUAUAGUUUGGCUUUCAAAAGCUUUACCAUUAGCUGUUAAAUUAGUUCGCUAGCUGCUCAAUUAGGCUGUUCAUAGCAUUGUGAUUUCUCAACAGUCUCAUUCCUGUCUUAGGUCAUGGAAGACCAGAACCCACGUUACAGCAAGCGCUUGGUAAGUACAAUUUAACUAGAUAGCUACGUUUUGGUGUGUUAACUAAAAUAGUUUUGCACGUUUUAUAUAGCUAGUUUCCCUAAAGAAAACCACUGUUGCAUCGGUAACAAGCUAAAUCGAUGAGAUGGUGUUGCGGAUCUGUUGGCUUGACAAUAGACUGGAUGCGUGUCAGUGGGUUCAAUGUAGGGUCAAGUUCAAGUUCACUGUUGUCUGACCUGAUAAUGUUUGCUCAUGUCGCUUUACAUUAGGUUGAACUUUUUGUUACCAUGCCGUGACUUAGUAGACCCAUUUAGGCUUUUCUAAGGGGUGUAUGUUUUGUUUUUUAUGCUGUCAUUAAAAAGAAUCCACUGAAUUAUAGAUAAUAAUGGAAUGUUUGUGUGUGGAUCUUAGAAUGUGUAGUUAGUCAAGAUAUGAGAAUGGACCAGUCCAGCUGAGUUGCAGAGCAAUAGGAAACAGCAUGCGAGGUGUUUUGAGUAAAGAUAAUACCAUGCAGAGCCAGGGUUUGGUGGAACAGGAUGGGGGGUGGGGUGUUGUGCUGGACCCAUCUGUCUAGCCAAGCUAUAGGAGCAAGGGGUGAAUGGAAGUAAGGGGGAUGGGGUUGUAGUAGGAUAAGGCCCUCCUUCUGUGAUGCCCACGCAGACCAUUGCGUGACUGAAUGACUGAUCUGCAAAUCUUUCUGUUAUGGGUCUUCAUUGAGUAUACAAAACAUUAAGAGCACCUGCUCUUUCCAUGACAUAGACUGACCAGGUGAAAGUGAUGAUCCCUUAUUGAUGUUACUUGUUAUAUCCACUUAAAUCCGUGUAGAUGAAGGGGAGGAGACAGGUUAAAGAAGGAUUUUUAAUCCUUGAGACAAUUGAGACAUGGAUUGAAUGGGCAAGACACAAUAUUUAAGUUCCUUUGAACAGGGUAUGGUAGUAGGUGGCAGGUGCACCAGUUUGUGUCAAAAACUGCAAAGCUGCUGGGUUUUUCACGCUCAACAGUUUCCCAUGUGUAUCAAGAAUGGUCUACCACCCAAAGGACAUCUAGCCAACUUGACAAAACUGUGGGAAGCAUUGGAGUCAACAUGGGUCAGCGUCCCUGUGGAACACUUUCGACACCUUGUAGAGUCCAUGCCCAGACAUAUUGAGUCUGUUCGAGCAACUCUAUUAGGAAGGUGUUCCUAAUAUUUGGUAUACUCAGUGGUGUGUUGCCGAUGUGAAAUGGCUAUCUUGUUAGCAGUGCAUGCUAGUAGCGUUCAAUCGGUGACGUCCCUCGCUCUGAGACCUUAAAGGCAGUUGUUUUCAUUGCUCUGCGAGGGCCACUGCUUUUGUUGAGCGAUAGUUAACGAUUCUUCUUGGGUGGCAGUUGUUGAUGUAUUCAGAGGGUCCCUGGUUCGAGCCAAUGUUGUGGUAAAGAGGGACAAAGGCUAUACUGUUACAUAUGCAUGGUUUUAGCAGUAAUCUCCUUCAAAGUGAUAAAAGAAGGGCUGUGACAGUCUUGGAAUUUGAGGUUACGGUAAUUGGCCAGGCCAAUGUACAUGGUCACCGACAUAACCGUUCAGGGGGAGGUCACAAUUCUGUUUACACACUUGUUUACAUGGAUAUGCUUAUUAAUAAAACCUAUUUGAAACAAGCCAUUACACUUUAUUAUUAUCAUGGCAUUUCAUUAUUAUUAUUCUGGUUAUUACUUAUAAAUAUUAAUCAACAAAUCUGUUGCAUUUUCGUAUUGACACAACAUUAACAGAGUCAAAGUAAGGAUAUAUGCCUACCUUGUCCUUGUCUGUUUGCUUUUCUGCAUAUACAUUUUUUAAAAUACAGAUCCUAUUUCGACGCAGAAAACCAUUGAAACGAAGUCACGAACAUCGCAAACUCUGCUGCUGCGGUCAUUCGAUGGCAGUGGCAUAUGUUCUUCAAAGAGAGGAUGCCGUAAUGAGAGAAAUAAUGUAGCCUAAACUACUGAAAAUAGGCCUUUUACAAGAUUAAAUCAUGACAGGAGCAUUUGAUUCUUAUGAAGGAGAUGGAGUCCAGACAGGCUACUUUUAGGAAACUUUCUAAAUGGACAUGUAGUAUAGGCCUAUAGAGAGAAUCAGCAAACUCACACACGCACACCCUCGUAAAAGCACCUGUCAAUCAAAGCCACCAGCAUAUGUCAGACAGCAAAUAUUGAUCCUUUCCUUAAAACGUAUUAAAAAACCUAGGCCUACCUUAGGCUUUCGGAAAGUACGCUAUAAGAUAAUGCAUUGACAAGGAAAGUAUGAAGUGGACAGCUAUCCUAUAGUAUGAAUAUGAAAUUGCAUCGCAGUGCUAACUGUGCCACUAGAGAUCCUGGUUCGAAUCCAGGCUCUGUCGCAGCCGGCCGCGACCAGGAGACUCAUGGGCGGCGCACAAUUGGCCCAGCAUCGUCCAGGGUAGGGGAGGGAAUGGCCGGCAGGGAUGUAGCUCAGUUGAUAGAGCAUGGCGUUUGCAACGCCAGGGUUGUGGGUUUGAUUCCCACGGGGGGCCAGUAUAAAAAAAAAAAAAAUGUAUUCACUAACUGUAAGUCGCUCUGGAUAAGAGCGUCUGCUAAAUGACUAAAAUGUAAAUGUAAAUUGACAAUCAUUAAAAUAGAAACAAAUACACACAACAUGUCCAUAGCCUAUUUGUCAGUGACGCUGAUUAUCGAAGGGGAGAGUGUUGGAAAGAUUUUUCGAAUACUGUGAGGAACUGUUAUAAUAUGAAUGGAUGUAAAAAAAAAAAAAAAAAAAAAAAGGGACUUUGUUGACUUAAUGUGUGAGGUGAAGAAAAAAUUACUGAGAAACCCAGCUGGGCACUUUCCUACAUUUGACAUUUGCUAGAUGCAGGCCAGGUACUUCUAUGCGUGCUCAGGCACUCGCAAUUAUUUUACUACCAUAGCCUAUAGCACUCUACACCCCUGCACAUCUAGUGGAUAAGCUGCCUGAGCAUCAAAGGACAGUUGGAAAGAGGAUGAGCUGUAGACAGUUUAAUAGACAGAUUAAGUUAGCAAAACAAUUGCUUAUAAUCAUUAGUAAACACUCCCACUAUUAGGAUCUACAUGAAAAUAGUCAACAUUUUUUAAAUAUCCUAAAAUGAAUGUAGGCCUAUUUAAAUGGUUUUGACAGUUAUUUUAUUUUCAUGACGGUCUUCGUCCAUAACCGUCAGUUACACGGUUAUUCAAUUACCAUCAAAGUUGAGUUUCUGCCUUGUGUCACUAGCGUACAGGGACGCGGCGGCGCUACCUCGAUGAUGGGAUCUCGGACGAUGAGAUUGAGGGGAAGAGGACCUUUGACCUGGAUGAGAAGCUGUUGAGUGACCGGUUCAACUCCAACCUGGUUAAACACAUGGAGGGAAAAGGUCAGGGGUCAAACCACGCUAUGAUAUCCCUUAGAGGCUUUAACCAGGUUUCUCCUAUGUUAUGAUCUUGACCUGGAAAAACGUGUUAGUUUUGUAAUCUGGCAAAACUCUUGGCCCUAAUUAUGGUUCUACUUCUUUGAUUACUCUUGGUGUGCCUGCCCUGCAUUGUUGACGAUAACGUGUGUUUCUCUACAGACUUCACAUUCGAGUACAUCCAGAGGGAGGGGCUAAGAGACCCUCUCAUCUUUGAGAAAAAAGACGGCCUCGGCUUAGAGUAGGUCACUCUUCUUCUUCUAAUUAUCUAGCCGACCUUUGGAGAUCUGUGGAGAGAUGGAAAUAUAACUGUUGGCUCACUCUCUGAUUCUCCAGCUUUAUUCAAUAACCCCCCUCUCGCUCUCUCUCUUUCCCUUUCGCUCUCUCUCAUUUUUUCAGGAUGCCAGACUCUGAUUUCAGUGUGAGUGAUGUCAAGCUGUUCGUAGGUAAGGCCCAAACUAAGAACACUCUCUUAUGAACUCACAGCUGCUGAUUUCAACUGAUUUCAAAACAGUGCUGCAGGCCCUGUAAAUAAUUAUCCCUGCCCUUUGCCUGUCCCCCUCUGUCAUAGGCAGUCGGAGGAUGGUUGACGUUAUGGAUGUGACCACUCAGAAGGGCAUCGAGAUGUCCAUGGCCCAAUGGCGGCGGUACUACGAGACCCCGCCCUCGGAGCGAGAUAAGCUCUAUAACGUCAUCAGCUUGGAGUUCAGUCACACCAAGCUGGAGAACCUGGUGAAACGACCCACCUCGGUAAGACACACAAACCAGUAUUGCUGAGAGAGUAACAGAUUCAUUUACCAGCUGCAGUUUAUUUUGGACCUAAGCUUGUCACCUGCCUUCCCGCCUUUGGGACAACGACUCCCAUUGUUAGAGCGGAGACAUGAGUAUCUCAUCAUUAUAUACAGAUCUCUGGACGGAUACACUUUUACGGCUGCAACGUUAGGUUAGAUAUACACAGACCGUAUGAGAGAGGAAUGUACACAACACAAUGAGGAGAGAGAGGGAUUGAGACAGUUCAGGGAAGUAUGCCUUAUCUACUUUGAAGAACUAGUAAAAUUAUUGUCAGACAGCUCUGCAGCAUACUUAGGCAGGCUAGCUAAAUAGGAUGACUAAAGACACUACAGUCCCGAGUGGCGCAGUGGUCUAAGGCACUGCAUCGCAGUGCUAGCUGUGCCACUAGAGAUCCUGGUUCGAAUCCAGGCUCUGUCGUAGCCGGCCGUGACCGGGAGACCCAUGGGGCGGCGCACCAUUGGCCCAGCGUCGUCCAGGGUAGGGGAGGGAAUGGCCGGCAGGGACGUAGCUCAGCUAGUAGAGCAUGGUGUUUGCAACGCCAGGGUUGUGGGUUUGAUUCCCACGGGGGGGCCAGUAUGAAAAGAAAUAAAAAAUAAUGUAUGCACUCACUAACUGUAAGUCGCUCUGGAUAAGAGCGUCUGCUAAAUGACUAAAAUGUAAAUGUAAAAUGUACAGUAUAGGGAGCACAUCAUGUUAGAUGGCCUGGCUGACUGCUCCUGCCUGAGCAGAGAAUAGAUGACUUUAAGGAAUUAAACAUGAUAAAGUCAUCAAAUAAAAACGAAAUACAACAUUUCAGUUGUUUAUAUUACUUUUUCAUACCCAAAGUGGACCUGACCGAGACAAUGGAAUAUUGUUUUGGCAAUUGAAUGUUCACUAUUUUUGGCUUUGGAAUUUCCAUUAAAAAGCUCUAAAAUCCCUGUCAUUAUUUCCUAAUGCAUUUAAUGUAAUUUUUUAAAAUUCAAAAUAAAAAAAACGUGAUAAUCUUUUAAUAAUCAGCCUGAAACCGAACCGACCACAAGGAGCACUAAUCGGUCACUACUACAAACCAGAAAACCAUGUCAAACACCAAACUAUCACAUAGCAAGCUAGGGAGUCUUGCCAUUGUAAACGCUGGGCUAUCACUUCCACAGAGCUCUGGACAGUCAGUGGUGUAUGUCCCUACUGACCUUCCCUCCCUCUCCCCAGGUGGAUUUGAUAGACUGGGUGGACAACAUGUGGCCAAGGCACCUGAAGGAGAGACAGAGAGACUCAACCAACUCUAUCAUAGACAUGCAGUAUCCCAAAGUGCAGAAGUGAGUCCUGCAUCUUUAGAUGGCUUUCAUUCCACAUUUUAAAAUAUAUUUUUACCCCAUCAUAGCAAUGCAGUGUUUGUGCGUGGAAGCAUGAGUUAAUUGAAUACACCACUGUCUUUGUUUUUAAUGCUGAUUGAUGUACGAUGUAAACAUUAUUUUCUUUCUUUCUUUCUUUCAGAUACUGUCUGAUGAGUGUCCAGGGCUGCUUCACAGACUUCCACGUUGACUUUGGUGGUACGUCGGUCUGGUACCACAUCCUGCGGGGGGGCAAGGUGAGACGACACCCAGGAGAUCUAGAGCCUUGAUGUGUCACAUUUGAAUCGCCACAGAAUUCAAUAGGACUGAAUUUAUCCCUGACCAAGAUGGCUGCCAUUAUCAGCACAUUCUAGAGUUAUGAACAUCUAGUAUUCUAUUGCAUCUAUGUCUAUCCCACUCUUCACCCCUGACCUCUGAUCUCCUGUAGGUGUUCUGGCUGAUCCCGCCCACACCCCAGAACUUGGAGCUGUAUGAGGACUGGGUGUUGUCAGGGAAACAAGGGGACAUCUUCCUGGGAGACAAGGCCCAGGACUGUCAGAGGAUAGAGCUGAAGCAGGGCUACACCUUCAUGAUCCCCUCCGGUACGUACACAUACACACACACACAGUACCUUUUGUUCCCCCAUCUAACCUCCACCACUGUUUAUGUCUAGGUUGGAUCCAUGCUGUCUACACCCCUGAGGACACACUGGUGUUUGGGGGAAACUUCCUCCACAGCUUCAACAUCCCCAUGCAGCUCAACAUCUACAACAUCGAGGACCGCACACGAGUGAGUACACUACCCUACCGCACCGCAAACGCAUCACACAUUACUCUACUGCACACGCAUCACACACGGCUGUACUGCACAUGCAUGAGUACUACUCAAUGAGGGGGGAAACUAUUACCUGUUGACUAUCGGUGAGAGUAGUCACUUCCCUUCAAUAUCUAAUGUGUUCUGCUUUCCUUGUCCCCUCUCCAGGUCCCGGCUAAGUUCAGAUACCCCUUCUAUUAUGAGAUGUGCUGGUACGUUCUGGAAAGAUACCUCUACUGCCUGACCAACACCUCUCACCUCACCCCUGAGUUCCAGAAGCACUCGCUUGGUGUUGGUGAGAACACACAGACAACAAUUUAUAUUUUUCUGUCCCUCAUUGCGCACCCCUCCCCCCGCCUCUCUCGUUUUAAUCCCUCUGUUUUUGUCCCUCCCUCAGGUCUGACUCGUGAAGACUCGGAGAACAAACUCAAUGGCCACACGAAAAACGGCACAUCGGAGGAGAAGAAAGAGGGAGACGAUGAUGAGGAAGAAAAGGAGGAGGAACGAGAGAUGAAGGUGAAAACGGAAGAGUCUGAUGAGGAUGACUCCCCUGCUCCGGGUGCGAGGGUAAACCUGACCCCUCUGGAGCUGGAGGGGCUGUGGAACCUCCUGGGGAAGCUGGAGGAGCUGCCAGCCCACAAGAAGUGUGUCCCCGCAGGCAUUCGCAACGCCCCUGCCCUGCUCCACGACAUACGGGUGGGUACAAUGCACCAGUCUAGAAUAUAAUAAUAUCAUAUAUAUAACUUAUGGGAGAUGCUUUCAUCUAAAGCCAUUUACAGUAGUGUGUACAUACAGUGGGGAGAACAAGUAUUUGAUACACUGCCGAUUUUGCAGGUUUUCCUACUUACAAAGCAUGUAGAGGUCUGUAAUUAAUCUAAAACAAAAAUCCAGAAAAUCACAUUGUAUGAUUUUUUAAGUAAUUAAUUUGCAUUUUAUUGCAUGACAUAAGUAUUUGAUACAUCAGAAAAGCAGAACUUAAUAUUUGGUACAGAAACCUUUGUUUGCAAUUACAGAGAUCAUACGUUUCCUGUAGGUCUUAACCAGGUUUGCACACACUGCAGCAGGGAUUUUGGCCCACUCCUCCAUACAGACCUUCUCCAGAUCCUUCAGGUUUCGGGGCUGUCGCUGGGCAAUACGGACUUUCAGCUCCCUCCAAAGAUGUUCUAUUGGGUUCAGGUCUGGAGACUGGCUAGGCCACUCCAGGACCUUGAGAUGCUUCUUACGGAGCCACUCCUUAGUUGCUCUGGCUGUGUGUUUGGGGUCGUUGUCAUGCUGGAAGACCCAGCCAUGACCCAUCUUCAAUGCUCUUACUGAGGGAAGGAGGUUGUUGGCCAAGAUCUCGCGAUACAUGGCCCCAUCCAUCCUCCCCUCAAUAUGGUGCAGUCGUCCUGUCCCCUUUGCAGAAAAGCAUCCCCAAAGAAUGAUGUUUCCACCUCCAUGCUUCACGGUUGGGAUGGUGUUCUUGGGGUUGUACUCAUCCUUAUUUUUCCUCCAAACACGGCGAGUGGAGUUUAGACCAAAAAGCUCAAUUUUUGUCUCAUCAGACCACAUGACCUUCUCCCAUUCCUCCUCUGGAUCAUCCAGAUGGUCAUUGGCAAACUUCAGACGGGCCUGGACAUGCGCUGGCUUGAGCAGGGGGACCUUGCGUGCGCUGCAGGAUUUUAAUCCAUGACGGCGUAGUGUGUUACUAAUGGUUUUCUUUGAGACUGUGGUCCCAGCUCUCUUCAGGUCAUUGACCAGGUCCUGCCGUGUAGUUCUGGGCUGAUCCCUCACCUUCCUCAUGAUCAUUGAUGCCCCACAAGGUGAGAUCUUGCAUGGAGCCCCAGACCGAGGGUGAUUGACCGUCAUCUUUUCUAAUAAUUGCGCCAACAGUUGUUGCCUUCUCACCAAGCUGCUUGCCUAUUGUCCUGUAGCCCAUCCCAGCCUUGUGCAGGUCUACAAUUUUAUCCCUGAUGUCCUUACACAGCUCUCUGGUCUUGGCCAUUGUGGAGAGGUUGGAGUCUGUUUGAUUGAGUGUGUGGACAGGUGUCUUUUAUACAGGUAACGAGUUCAAACAGGUGCAGUUAAUACAGGUAAUGAGUGAAGAACAGGAGGGCUUCUUAAAGAAAAACUAACAGGUCUGUGAGAGCCGAAAUUCUUACUGGUUGGUAGGUGAUCAAAUACUUAAAAAAAUGCAAAUUAAUUACUUAAAAAUCAUACAAUGUGAUUUUCUGGAUUUUUGUUUUAGAUUCCGUCUCUCACAGUUGAAGUGUACCUAUGAUAAAAAUUACAGACCUCUACAUGCUUUGUAAGUAGGAAAACCUGCAAAAUCAGCAGUGUAUCAAAUACUUGUUCUCCCCACUGUACAGGUAACUGCCAAAAUAAAGGAAACAACAUAGUUUCUUAGGCCAAUUCCCACGAGUGUAAAGGGUUAUGUGGAUAGGGCUAAAUUGAAACGUUUCUUACAGAAGAAAUAUGAAAUGCAUAAGCAUGGUAGCAAUUGAAGGGAAUAGUUUGGGGAUUAUGGGAAAAUUAUUAUACCGAAGUUGAGGACCCAACAGUUUACCAGACACAAGACUGAAUCCAAACUACACUGUUGAUUUUAUGUGCAUUUUACAUUUACUGUACAUUUCGUCACAUUUGUUGAUAACGAUAUCUGAAAAUAUUCUGGAUACAUUCAGUAACAUAAGAAUAUUUCUGGAAAAUGUGAGGUAAGUACAACAAGACAAAAGAAAAUGACAAGGGUUUGAGUGAGAGGACUAAUGGGUAUUUCCAAGUGGCCACACACCUCUCCAAAAUGUGCACAGUUCCUAAGUAAUUUCAAUGCACUUUUAUGACUCAAAGAAGUGUCUUCAACUAUAAGGUGCUUAUUUGAGCUCUCCUAGCUGUACACUUGUAGUUGUUUUGUUUGGAACAUAAUCCUGCAUCCCCGCCAUCACACAAUUAAUGUUUACGCAAUCCAAAAAUGGCCCAUUUAUAAAUUGCAAUCUGGGUCAGGUGGGCAUCAUUUGAAACCUUUUUCUCCCCAAUUCCUUGAUAUCCAAUUGCGAUCCAAUUACGAUCUUGUCUCAUCGCUGCAACUCCCCAACGGGCUCGGGAGAGGCGAAGGUCGAGUCAUAUGUCCCCCGAAACAUGACCCGUCAAACCGCGCUACUUAACACCUGCCCGCUUAACCCGGAAGCCAGCUGCACCAAUGUGUCAGAGGAAACACCGUUCAACUGACGACCGAAGUCAGCCGACUCCUUGUGACAAAUACAAUUUGAUUUGAUUUGCAGGCGCCCGGCCCGCCACAAGGAGUCGCUAGAGUGCAAUGAGCCAAGUAAAGUCCACCCCACCCCCCGGCCAAACCCUCCCCUAACCCGGACGACGCUGGGCCAGUUGUGCGCAGCCUGGGAUUGAACCCGGGUCUGUAGUGACGCCUCAAGCACAUUGAAAGCUUUUUCAAUUGCCAACAUGACUUGCCGAGUUAUAAAGUACGAUCUUAGUGUUAGGCUUUCAGAAGGCAAUUCUGAGAAACAGGUCGUAAUUUUGAUGCGCAUUGAAAGGAGUCAUGAGUGCAUUCAGGUGCGUGUUCCGCUGCAAGUUUUCUUCACAAUAGACAGUCUCAAUCUGUUCAGAACAACCCAGGAUAUGACGCCAUGUCAUCUUGUAGCUAUACAUCAAACAUAGUGAUCCUAAACGUUGACAUGAGUUUUAUGAUAUGGUACUUGUGAAGUGCACAUUUGGACUCAUGGGUGUUUGGCUUGCUGAUAUGAUUAAUAUAAUCCUCAACGUCUCAUCUUUCAAAGUACAUCGAGCCCUUUUAAUUUACAGCAUUUCCCUCACUCAGACCAUUUUUUGUGUGCAAAAGUUGCCCAAUUAGCGGGAGGGAUGGGGGCAACUUCUUGUUGCGUGCGGUGCCCAAGUUCAGGACGGUUGUCAGACAAAACCCAUACAGCGCUGUGAAGCACAGAGCCUGAGCUCUGACGUCAUUUAUAGCAUGUUACUGUACAGCCACUGUGUGCCAAUUUAGGCGCUUAUCAGUGCCCAAAUCUGCCAUUUUCAACCCGUAUGGGUAUGAGGGUUAAUAGGGUGUUGGGCCACCACAAUCUGCCAGAACAGCUUCAGUGCACCUAGGCAUAGAUUCUACAAGUGUCUGGAACUGUAUUGGAGGGAUGCGACACCAUUCUUCCACGAGAAAUUCCAAAGUUUGAUGUUUUGUUGAUGGUGGUGGAAAACGCUAUCUUAGGCACCACUCCAGACACACACACACCCCUUAAACCCCCUAUGCUCCUUUGAGACCAUUCUUUCAAGUCACUGAGAUCUCUUCUAGCCAUGGUAGCCAAAAUAAUGUGCAACUGGGCAUUUUUAUACAUGACCCUAAGCAUGAUGGUAUGUUAUUUUAUUCAUUAACUCAGGAACCACACCUGUGUGGAAGCACCUGCUUUCAAUAUACUUUGUAUCCCUCAUUUAGUCAAGUGUUUCCUUUAUUUUGGCAGUUACAGUGCCUUCAGAAAAUAUUCACACCCCUUGACUUUUUCCAAAUUGUGUUGUGUUACAGCCUGAAUCUAAAAUUGAUUAAGUUUAGAUUUUUUUCAUCACUGGCCUACACACAAUACUCCAUAAUGUCAAAGUGGAAUUAUGUUUUUAGAAAUAUUUACUAAUUAAUUAAAAAUGAAAAGCUGAAAUGUCUUGAGUCAAUAAGUAUUCAACCCCUUUGUUAUGGCAAGACUAAAUACGUUCAGGAGUAAAAAUGUGCUUAACAAGUCCCAUAAUAAGUUGCAUGGACUCACUCUGUGUGCAAUAAUAGUGUUAAACAUGAUUUGAAUGACUACCUCAUCUCUGUACUCCACACAUACAAUUAUCUGUAAGGUCCCUCAGUCGAGCAGUGAAUUUCAAACACACCAGGGAGGUUUUUCAAUGCCUCGCAAAGAAGGGCACCUAUUGGUAGAUGGGUGAAAAGAAAAGAAGCAGACAUUGAAUAUCCAUUUGAGCAUGGUAAAGUUAUUAAUUACACUUUGGAUGGUGUUGAAUGUUCAAAAUCAUAGGGUAAGAGCACAUUUAAGGAUAAGGUGAUCAAAGGAUAAGAUGAUCAAACUUUGAAAAUAAGUCAUUAGCUGUUUAGCUUUCUAGCACAUUCACUAAUUUGUUUGUAAACAAUUAACAAGCCAGUUAUCUACCUCCAUGUUCUUGUUAAACUGUCAACAGAGUAGCUAGCAAGCAACAAGAUUUUUAUUUAUUAAUUUUAUUUAUUUAUUUAACCUUUAUUUAACUAGGCAAGUCAGUUAAGAACAAAUUGUUAUUUACAAUGACGGCCUACACCGGCCAAACCCGGAUGACGCUGGGCCAAUUGUGCGCCGCCCUAUGGGACUCCCAAUCACGGCCGGUUGUGAUACAGCCUGGAAUCGAACCAGGGGGUCUGUAGUGACGCCUCAAGCACUGAGAUGCAGUGCCUUAGACCACUGCGCCACUCGGGAGCCAAAUAACAGUCUAAAAACCACAAAUCAGAUUUGACCAUUGAGACAAGUCACAUGGCCAGGAAUCAGAUAUAAAAUCAGCAAAAAAAGAAACGUCCUCUCACUGUCAACUGCGUUUAUUUUCAGCAAACUUGACAUGUAAAUAUUUGUGUGAACAUAACAAGAUUCAACAACUGAGACAUAAACUGAACAAGUUCCACAGACAUGUGACUAACAGAAAUGUAAUAAUGUGUCCCUGAACAAAGGGGGGGUCAAAAUCAAAAGUAACAGUCAGUAUAUUGUGUGGCCACCAGCUGCAUUAAGUACUGCAGUGCAUCUCCUCCUCAUGGACUGCACCAGAUUUGCCAGUUCUUGCUGUGAGAUGUUACCCCACUCUUCCACCAAGGCACCUGCAAGUUCCCGGACAUUUCUGGGGGAAUGUCCCUAGCCCUCACCCUCCGAUCCAACAGGUCCCAGACGUGCUCAAUUGGAUUGAGAUCCGGGCUCUUCGCUGGCCAUGGCAGAACACAGACAUUCCUGUCUUGCAGGAAAUAACGCACAGAACGAGUAGUAUGGCUGGUGGCAUUGUCAUGCUGGAGGGUCAUGUCAGGAUGAGCCUGCAGGAAGGGUACCACAUGAGGGAGGAGGAUGUCUUCCCUGUAACGCACAGCGUUGAGAUUGCCUGCAAUGACAACAAGCUCAGUCCGAUGAUGCUGAGACACACCGCCCCAGACCAUGACGGACCCUCCACCUCCAAAUCGAUCCCGCUCAAGAGUACAGGCCUUGGUGUAACGCUCAUUCCUUCGAAGAUAAACGCGAAUCCGACCAUCACCCCUGGUGAGACAAAACUGUGACUUGUCAGUGAAGAGCACUUUUUGCCAGUCCUGUCUGGUCCAGCGACGGUGGGUUUGUGCCCAUAGGCGACGUUGUUGCCGGUGAUGUCUGGUGAGGACCUGCCUUACAACAGGCCUACAAGCCCUCAGUCCAGCCUCUCUCAGCCUAUUGCGGACAGUCUGAGCACUGAUGGAGGGAUUGUGCGUUCCUGGUGUAACUCGGGCAGUUGUUGUUGCCAUCCUGUACCUGUCCUGCAGGUGUGAUGUUCGGAUGUACCGAUCCUGUGCAGGUGGUCUGCCACUGCGAGGACGAUCAGCUGUCUGUCCUGUCUCCCUGUAGCGCUGUCAUAGACGUCUCACAGUACGGACAUUGCAAUUUAUUGCCCUGGCCACAUCUGCAGUCCUCAUGCCUCCUUGCAGCAUGCCUAAGGCACGUUCACGUAGAUGAGCAGGGACCCAGGGCAUCUUUCUUUUGGUGUUUUUCAGAGUCAGUAGAAAGGCCUCUUUAGUGUCCUAAGUUUUCAAAACUGUGACCUUAAUUGCCUACCGUCUGUAAGCUGUUAGUGUCUUAAUGACCGUUCCACAGGUGCAUGUUCAUUAAUUGUUUAUGGUUCAUUGAACAAGCAUGGGAAACAGUGUUUAAACCCUUUACAAUGAAGAUCUGUGAAGUUAUUUGGAUUUUUACAAAUUAUCUUUGAAAGACAGGGUCCUGAAAAGGGGACAUUUCUUUUUUUGCUGAGUUUAUAUUUACAAAAAUUAUGUGGCUUGAAAUAUCUGAUUCCACUUGCUUUUUGACUGUUCAGACUGCAGGAAAAACAACAGAUUCUAAUGGGAUAUGCAGAUAAAUAGGAUUUGAGUCACUUCGACCUGCCAAUGUGAACACGGCUUUAGAGACUUACCCAGAAAGACUAACAGCUGUAAUCGCUGCCAAAGGUCAUUCUAACAUGUAUUGACUCAGGGAGUUGAAUACUAAUCUAAUCAAGAUAUAUUAGUGUUUUAGUGGGAUGGUGGCAACUUCUUGUUGCGUGCGGUGCCCAAGUUCAGAACGGUUGUCAGUCAAAACCAAUACAGCGCUGUGAAGCGCAGAGCCUAAGCUCUGACUUAAUUUAUUAGUGCCCAAAUCUGCCAUUUUCAUUCUAACAUGUAUUGACUCUGGCGGUUGAAUACUUACCUAAUCAAGAUAUAUUAGUGUUUUUAUUUUAUUUUUUAUGUUAGAAUUUUUCUUCCACUUUCACAUUAGAGUAUUUUGUGUAGAUCGUUGACAAUUAAACCCAUUUUAAUCCCACUUUGUAACACAACAACAUUUGGAAAAAGUCAAAGGAUGUGAAUACUUUCUGAAGGCACUGUACAAGUACAUUGUAUGGGUGGUCCCAGCAGGAAUCAAGCCCACGAUCCUGACAUUGCAAGGGCGACAUGCUCAACCAACUGAGCUUACACAGGGACCAGUCUAUUGCUACGUUUUAAUAUCCACACAGCAUACAACUUCCAGUGCAUGACCAAUACAUUGCUUCAUUCUAAGUGGUAUGCUACUGUGAAUAUUGGAACAGUGUCUUAUCAGUAUCUGUCUGUAUCCAUCUGUAAGUAUUUCAAUCAAUAGCCUUGACAUGACUUGACAUGGCUUGUGUCCUGUUUAGGCUCUUCUGGAAGAACACUGCAAUGACGACCCCAAGCUGUCUUACACUGGAAAGCCCAUCGUCAAGUGGCCCAAGAGGGUGAGCCAGAGAGCACGUGCCUCUCAUAAACACAUUCAAACACCCACCAAACAUGCAAGCGUGCAUACAUUUAGUCACCACGGUCAAGCCCUCAACAACAAAGGGGCAGACGUCUAACUUUCCUCUCUUCCUCUCCCACCUUCCCUGGCCAGCCCUCGUGGUACCAGCCCCCUUCCCCUCCCCCCUCGGUGGUGUACCGUCCUCGCCUCGCCAUGCCCCACAGGCCCAUGGUCCCGCGCCCCGCCAAGCCUGCCUCCUCUAUCUCGGCUCUGAGACGGCGGCGCGUGCGCUGCAAACACUGUGCAGCCUGCCAGAGGAAGGAGUGUGGCGAAUGCAACUUCUGCAAAGACAUGAGGAGGUUCGGAGGACCCGGGCGCAUGAAGAAGGGCUGCAUGAUGCGCCAGUGUCUCGCUGUGAGUAGCCAGUGCACUGCCUUCACACCCUGUGUGUGUGUAUGAGGUGUGUGAGUAUAGUAUGUUGACCCUUGUCUCUCCCUGUCUCCAGCCUGGCCUGCCUAACUCAGCAGUGUGUGCUCUGUGUGGAGAGGGCCAGGGGAAGCAGGAGUUUGCAGACGCAAGCCCCUCCUCCACAACCCUCAUGGAAUGCUCCAACUGUGCUCAGAUCGCCCACCCCGACUGCAUCAAGGUGACCAGACCUCACGAGGGGUCCCAAAGUCAAACGGCCCUUAAGGAUGAUAGCGGUGUUAUAGGUGUUCAUAACAGUCCUCUGUGUGUAUGUCAGGUGUUAUAACUGUUCAUUCUUCUCCCUCAGGUGCCUGGGGAGGGCAGGAUCAACAAGGACCUGCCCAGCUGCUGGGAGUGUCCCAAAUGUUACCAGGGCAAAGUAGGCUCCUCAUCAGAGGUACCCCAUCAUUUCUCUCUCCCUCUCCCUCUCUCUCUCUCUCUCACUCCCUCCAAUGGGCUUUAUUGGCAUGGGAAACAUAUGUUUACAUUGCCAAAGCAAGUGAAAUAAACUAUCAAAAAGGAAUAGAGACAUUUCAAAUGUCCGAUUAUGGCUAUGUAUAGUCUUAUAACGAUGUGCAAAUAGUUCAAGUACAAAAGGGGAAAUAAAUAUGGGUUGUAUUUACAAUGGUGUUAGUUCUUCACUGGUUGCCCUUUUCUUGUGGCAGCAGGUCACACAUCUUGCUGCUUUGAUGCACACUGUGGUUUUUCACCCAAUAGAUAUGGGAGUUUAUCAAAAUUGGAUUUGUUUUGAAAUUCUUUGCGGGUCUGUGUAAUCUGAGGGAAAUAUGUAUCUCUAAUAUGGUCAUACAUUUGGCAGGAGGUUAGGAAGUGCAGCUCAGUUUCCACCUCAUUUUGUGGGCAGUGUGCACAUAGCCUGUCUUCUCUUGAGAGCCAGGUCUGCCAAGCAAGGCUAUGUUCACUGAGUCUGUACAUAGUCAAAGCUUUCCUUAAUUUUGGUUCAGUCACAGUGGUCUGGUAUUCUGCCGCUGUGUACUCUCUGUUUAGGGCCAAAUAGUCCAGUUUGCUCUGUUUUUUUGGGGUUAAUUCUUUCCAAUGUGUCAAGUAAUUAUCUUUUUGUUUUCUCAUGAUUUAGUUGGGUCUAAUUGUGUUGCUGUCCUGGGGCUCUGUGGGGUCUGUUUGUGUUUGUGAACAAAGCCCCAGGACAAACUUGCUUAGGGGACUCUUCUCCAGGUUCAUCUCUCUGUAGGUGAUGGCUUUGUUAUGGAAUGUUUGAGAAUCACUUCCUUUUAGGUGGUUGUAGAAUUUAACAGUUUUUUUUCUGGAUUUUGAUCAUUAGCAAGUAUCGUUCUAAUUCUGCUCUGCAUGCAUUAUUUGGUGUUUUACGUUGUACACGGUGGAUGUUUUUGCAGAAUUCUGCAUGCGCUCUCAAUUUGGCGUUUAUCCCAUAUGUGAAUUCUUGGUUGGUGAGCGGACCCCAGACCUCACAACCAUAAAGGGCAAUGGGUUCUAUAACUGAUUCAAGUAUUUUUAGCCAGAUCCUAAUUAGGAUGUUGAAUUGUAUGUUCCCUUUGAUGGCAUAGAAGGCCCUUCUUGCCGUGUGUGUGUGUGUGUGUGUGUCUCUCUCUCUCUCUCUCGCUCUGUCUAUUCCUCUGUCCCUGUAAGACAAUACCCACCUACUCCAUUAAUACCUGUUUUGUGACGUUGCCCCUCUAACACUCUCCCUCUCUGUCUCAGUCGUCCAGCAGUGAUGAGGACAGCAUGGUGUCUACAGGUUCUCUCUCUACGUCGAGGCCGUCAAAGCAUGCCCACCGGGAAGGGAUAGGAGUAGGGGAUGCAGGAGGUGGGGUGAGGAAGGGGCGACGUGGCAGACCCCCCCUGACGUCCUCUCUGUCCCAGCGGAGAGCGCCCCCUCCCUCUCAGCGGCUGCUACUGCAGCAACAACAGAACAGGAAGAGAGCUGGAGCACUGGAGCUAAGACUCCGGAAGAGGGUGAGAGAGGGAGGGAGAGAGAGAAAGAGGGGGGGGGGCUAAAGUUUUUUGGGAUUCGUACAAUAACUUUUCACCAAGUCAUCUCAUUUUAAAUCUCUCUCUUUGUGUUGCAGAUCAAACUGGAGCGCAGCAAAAUCUUACAAUCAGUAAGCACAUAUUUUAAAGCACCGUAUCUCUCUAAACCAGUGCAUGAUUAUUCAAACCAAAGCAUUGUUUGACCUAUUCUACUCCUCCUCUCCUCUCUACAGAAGCAGACGUCGUCUCUGGAGUGUUCUCCCAAGCUCCUGGGCUCCCAGGGUCUGGGCCACCUCCAGAGAGGGUUGUCCUCUCGCCUUCACUCCCCUGUCGGCAGACUGUCCCGGGGCCGUGGGUCCUUCAGAGGCUCCCACUACCGCUCCCCUACAAGGGCACGACUACAGCCCCCCCAACCCUCCCUCAGCCUGGCCCCCGCAGGCAGGGGAGAGGGGCGCAGGGGGCGAGGCGUACGGCUCAGAGGAGGAGCAGCAGGGAGAGGAAGAGGAGGACAGAGACACGGCGGAGCAGAGGAAGAGAGUGAUAGCAGCAGUAGCAGUAGCAGCAGCAGCAGCAGUAGUAGUAGUAGUAGUGAUGAGGAGGAGGAGGAGGAGGAGGAGGAGAGGGAGAACGGCGUGCGGGGUGGCAGACGGGACAAAGAAAACCGGCCACAGAGACAAGGAAGAGGAGCAGCCAAAGAAGAAGAAAAGGAAGAGAGUGGGCAGUCCAACCAAAAUGGAGAAGAAGAGGAGGAGAUGGAUGAAGACGGGAGGGAUGGAGGACAGGCACAGGCGGCGCCACCGGUCCUCGUAGUGUCGGACCUUAGCGACGACCUCAUGAAGGGCUCGUAUCUCACGGUGACCCUACAGCCGUCGAGGGCCAAACGUGAUCCAGGGGCCAUCGUCCCCAAACUGGAGGCUGCAGUCACCCCUCGCCCUGCCCCUCCCGGCCAGAGUUGCAUGCAACGCAAGAAUCUGGCCCGACCACCCCUCAGGAACCACGCCCCAGACCCUGCACCCUCACACUCAGACAGACACACACACAUCCGGGGAAGCAACACACACACACGCGGCUCCCAUCCAGACGAGAGGAGAACGAGGCCGGGCAGACCAGAGAGAACAAACAACGGAGCUUCCUCCUCCCGUGUUCCCCCUCUACGCCUCCCUCUGUCGGCUUUACAGGAUGGGGGGAGCGAGGCAGGUGGGGAGAGGGAGGUGGCGAAUGGAGGGAGCGAGCCGGGCUGUGAGAGAGAAGUGUGGGUAUCAGUCUUCCGUUACCUGACUCGUGCCGAGCUCUGUGUCUGCAUGGCUGUCUGCAAGAACUGGUACAAAUGGUAAGAGACAAACAUUUAAGAAUGCAUUUUAUACACACAUACACAUAGCAGUAUUCCAUAAGAGCUGUGCUAACUAUUCAUGUGUCUGCAUGUGCAAGAGUGUAUAGGAGCUUGAUAAAAAAAAAAUGGUGUGUUCUUGUGCAGGAGCUUGGAUAAGAGGCUGUGGAUGCGGAUCAAUCUGAGCGUGUCUAAAGCGAUCAGUCCUCAGGCCCUGUCGGGCAUCAUCAAACGCCAGCCAGUCACCCUGGAACUCUCAUGGACCUCCAUCUCCAAGAAACAACUCACGUGGCUCAUCAACCGCCUGCCAGGUACACACUCACACACACACACACACACAGACAUGCCCACUUGAACUAUUACUCACUUUGGAGAUGUAAUUAUCUCUCUCUCCGGCUCAGGGCUGAAGGAUCUCAUGUUGUCUGGGUGCUCCUGGUCUUCUAUUUCGGCUCUGAGCUCGACCAGUUGCCCCCUCCUGCGCACACUGGACCUGCGGUGGGCCGACGGGGUCAAAGAUGGACAGAUCCGGGACCUGCUCAACCCCCCAGGUGAGAGCCCCCCCCUUCCUCCACCGUUUUCUGUUUUAAAUUAAGUACUGUUCGGAUAAAUCCCUUGUCAUACCACAUUAAUUAGCUAUGUCCCGCUGGAGUCAGCAGUGGACACAGAUAUUCUCUCAUUCUCAAUCCUUCUUUCCCUCUCCCUCCUCUUCUUUCUCUCCCUCCUCUUUUCUCUCUUCCACUGCCGCCCUCCUGUCACAUCUCUUUCUACCCCUCUUUCUCCUCCUCCUCUCCCUCCCUCUUUCUGCCCUAAUCCCGUCCCCCUCUCCUCUCUCUGUCUCUCUAGGUUGUGAUAACCGCAGUCAGCUAAGGAACAUGCAGUCUUUCCGUCUGGCGGGGCUGGAGAUCAGUGACUCUACUCUGAGGCUGGUGAUCAGACACAUGCCCCUGCUGACCCGUCUGGACCUGUCCCACUGUGGAGGCCUCACUGACCAGUCCAUCAACCUGCUCACUGCCGUGGGCUCCUCCACACGCAACACACUCACUGAGCUCAACCUGGGGGGUAAGACUUGGACUCACACAGACACAGCGGAGAGUGGGAGCAGCACACAGACAGGAUUGUGACUUGUACUUGAUAUUGAGUUGUAGUUGGUAUUGAGCCCCACUGUCUCUAUCUCCCAGGCUGCAGUAAGCUGACAGACACGUGUCUGCAGUACCUCCGCCGGCUCUCCUGCCUCUCCCUGCUGGACCUGCGGGAAUGCAAGGGUGUCUCCCGUAAAGCCUGCGAGGCCUUCAUCUCUGAGCUGUCCGUCAACACCCUCUACUGCCUAUCAGAGGACAAACUGAUCCAGAGGAUAUCCUAGAGCCUGCCUCCUCUGUCUGGGACAGGGGGUACAGGGAGAAGUUGGGGACAUCUCUGUGUGACAGAGAAAAGACUGUAGAAGGACAGGGAGGCUUAAAAGCACCUGCACUCUCUGAAGGGAGCGGGAAUGGAGCGCGAUUAGUUACUACACACUUAGUGGGAGCAGGGUUUCUUUCCAUGUUGUAUACAUUUCUUUUUUUGACUAAACCAGACAAGAGACUCAGGAGUUUGGGUUCAGGCGCCUACGCUGCGUGAUGAAAGUGGAGGGGGAGGUCGGGGGUUCCUGUGAGGGUGGCACUAUGGGUGUGGCGGUCAUCCCAGACAGGGUUCUCUCCUUACCCUGGGGGUUCUAAGUGCUUUAUGACAAGGCCAUCUAUACCCAAAGGUGUGGGCUGUGGACUAACUCUUCCAGGAGUACUGUGGUCAGGUAGCCCCAUCCUGAGACAGAGGGGCGCCUAUGAGGGAUUCAGGGACGGUGCGAGAGGGCAAUCGACAUGGUGACGAGACCACUCCAAAAUAAGGGUGGGGUAUGAAUGAAAGGGAGUAGAAGGGGGUGACAGGGUAAAUGGUGCGAUCUCAAACAACCGUUAGAAUUCAGGUGCUAUCACUCCCAAAACUCACCCUGUUUUGUACAAAUAUGAAUCUAGGACAACCGUCUCUAUUCUAGAAAAUACCCUCACCCCACUUUGAUGCAUUUUCUGUUUCCCAUGGAUAAAAUGUGAGUUCCUUUCAGUUUCUUUUUACUUGUUACGAUUCAGUGUAUAAAUGUAUGAUUUGCUGUCAUUAUUCUGUCCUGUUACCAUUUGGUCUACUGCUUCUAAUGGAUGCUUAUUUCUUUCCCACACCACUCCCUCCCUGCCAAAUCUAAAAGAAUAUAAAUAUAUACUUUUGUCUAAAUGUUUCCCUCUUUUAGAAGAUGAAGAAAAAAUCCUGUAGCAUUGUAAUUAUUUUCAGAAACCUUUUUCACUUAUGUUUUUGUGUUUUUUCAAGAAAAUUAAAAAUUAAAGAUCAACUGUGCCAG